UAUUAUUCCCCUCUGUUUAUUCAGCUCCUACAGAACCUUUAUUGUGUAAGUUUGCGGAUGGAGGACAGAAGAAGAGACAGAACCCAAACAAAUACAUCCCUAAUGGAAGACCAUGGCAUAGAGAAGGAGAGGCUGGAAUGACACUUACUUAUGAUCCAGCCACAGCUGCUAUACAGAAUGGAUUUUACCCUUCACCAUACAGUAUUGCUACAAACCGAAUGAUCACUCAAACUUCUAUCACACCCUAUAUUGCAUCUCCUGUGUCUGCCUACCAGGUUUGUACCUUUAGCGUUCAUCAAGAGUAUGACAACUUGCUGGCCAUGAAUCACUGCUACAUUUUUAUGUGUCUUAAAAUUUUGAACAUUUACUGUGAAAUUUAAGCCAAAUGUUAGGCAGGUUGGAUACCCAAUUUAGAAUAAGCUGCUUUUUGUUUGACAGAGUGAUUC